AUGUAUAAAGUAAUAGAUGAUGCUGUUAGAAUUUGGAUAUCUCAAUUUUUAGUUGCAAAUCAAACAUUAAGGGAUGAUAUCAUACAAAAUAAAGCUAAGCAGUUUGCAAUUAAAUUUGGCAUUACUGGAUUUACUGCUUCUGCAGGCUGGCUGACAAAUUUUAAAAGAAGAAAUAAUGUUCGCUCAUAUAUUAAAUCAGGUGAAACUGCCAGUGAAUUUUCAUUAGAAGAAAUUAAUGAAUAUAGACAAAAAAUUAGUGAAAAUUUAUCUGAAUAUCUCACAUCUCAUAUUCCUUUGACAACGGACACGAUGACUCGUACCGCUCUUAAAAAUGCUAUCAUCAAAUCAUUCGAUAAUUGCAUCAAGGACUGCAAGAAUUGGGAGCUCAAGUAUACCCUGCAAUAUCUUGAAGAAUCUCACAUAAAAUUUGAUGAAAAAGAUUACUCGUUUAUCAAACAAGAAGUAAUAAACAAGGCGAUAGACAUGCGUAAUAACUCGUACACCACAAAACUUAUCACAAAAAAGGCGAAGUCAAUAAUUAGGAAACUUCAGAGUUUGUCUAAAGUCAGCAAUGGUGGUAUGGAUAAUCGUCAAUUUCAAGAUUUUCAAAAAAACUAUCUCGCAAUUCCAUCACACAGUUUUAUUCUUGAUAUCAAAAACGAGACUAUAAUGAAAUUGUUUGAUAAAAAAGAUCAAGAAUAUAUCAAGACAUACAAUAUUAUGAAUAAUCCUGAAUUAGAGGAUAGACUAAUGGAAUAUCUUAUUACAUUUAAUGAAACUGAUAUUUCAAAGAUGCGGGAUAAAAUUAAUGCAGGGAUAGACAUAACUCCAUAUGAUCCUAAAAAUCACUUUGAUUAUCAAUAUGUCUAUCAAGUUUUCGCUAACCUCCUGCCUAGAUAUGAACUGAGAUCUGGAGAUUUUACUCAAACACACUUGGAAGGGUGGUUAAACUCUAAUAUAUGGAAUAUAAUCAUUGACUCAUACCUUAUUGAUUUAUACACAGUUGAGUUUAUCCGAGAAAGUGCAGAAAUAAGGUCUAAAAUUAGCAGAAAGUGUGAUGAAAUUUUGCGAGAGCUUGCAUCGAUCAAAGAAUAUGCUGUUAAUGAAGAGGGAAAACUUUUUACGGGAAAAGUAGAACGAAAUACUUAUCAGAUGAAGGUCAACAAGCUUGGAAUGGAUUUCGUAAAAUCCCAGCAUUUAGAAAUUGUUGGAUUUCUACAUUUGGAUGCAGAAGAUCUAAUAUUUUUAAUUCAUGAAGUCCUUGUUGCCAAG